AGGGGGGGGGGGAGCGGAGAGACUGCGGCUGAGCCGGAGCCCAACCCGAGCCCCAACCCGAACCCGAACCCCGUGCAGCAGCGGGAGCCCCGGACGAUGCGCUAGCGGAGAAGGAGCCGGAGCCGCCCGGGGAAGGAGCAAGGAGCAGAGCCCGGGCCCAGGUGUCCCCGCCACAGCUGGCACCGAAGAUGCCGGAGCAGAGCAACGACUACCGGGUGGUGGUGUUCGGCGCGGGAGGCGUGGGCAAGAGCUCGCUGGUCCUGCGCUUCGUCAAGGGGACGUUCCGCGACACGUACAUCCCGACGAUCGAGGACACCUACCGGCAGGUGAUCAGCUGCGACAAGAGCGUGUGCACCCUGCAGAUCACCGACACGACGGGCAGCCACCAGUUCCCGGCCAUGCAGCGCCUGUCCAUCUCCAAGGGCCACGCCUUCAUCCUGGUCUUCUCGGUCACCAGCAAGCAGUCCCUGGAGGAGCUGCGGCCCAUCUACCAGCAGAUCCUGCAGAUCAAGGGCAGCGUGGACACCAUCCCCGUCAUGCUGGUGGGGAACAAGUGCGAUGAGACGCAGCGGGAGGUGGACACGCGGGAGGGCGAGGCCGUGGCCCGGGAGUGGCAGUGCGCCUUCAUGGAGACCUCGGCCAAGAUGAACUACAACGUCAAGGAGCUGUUCCAGGAGCUGCUGAACCUGGAGAAGCACCGCAGCAUGAGCCUCAACAUCGACGGCAAGCGCUCCAGCAAGCAGAAGAGGACAGAUAAAAUCAAGGGCAAGUGCAGUCUCAUGUGAAGUCCUGGCCCUACCCUCUCGCCCCCACCGGCUCCCACUGGAGCCUGUCCCACCCCCCCCAUCUGGCCCCAGCCCACUUCCUCCUUCUCCUCCUCUUCCUCUUUCUCCUCCUCUACUUCCUUCUAC